CCUGGUGCCACACGUGACUGCUCCAAAACACCGACAAAACAAAAACGAUGGUGCAGAGUGAUCGAGAGGACGCCCUGACCCAGAUAAACACAGCUCUGAACAGAUCGAUGGUGUUGAUGGAAGACCCCGUGAGGAGUUCACCAAAGCCGAAGGACAAGCGGAGUCGCAAGUCCAUAACAAUAAACACAGCGGCGAUGAAGGCGACGAGCACUCCCCUCCAGGAGCAGGACCCAAUUCGCAAGAGUAUCCUCAAGAGGACCGAGCGGGAGAGGAGCGACGAGACCCUGUCCCCUGCCAAUUCGUUUUUGUCCAGCGGUUUGGAGCCGGAGAGGGCGGAGGAGCCCUCCCCCCAGGUCGUGGACAGGCCGCACAACCUCGAGGAGUUCGUGGCGACGGAGCAGGUGACGGUGGCUCAGUCGAGGCACACCUACACCCUCGAGGACGUCGACCCCGAGGACGAGCUCUGGAUCCUCGAGAUUCCGAAGUCGGUGAAUCCGCGGGAGCUCAGGGGCCAGGUGCUGCACCUGGGGGACAAGACCAAGAUGAAGAUCGGGGGGGAGAAGUACCAGGCGAUGAGCCACGACACCUCAGACUGCCUGACCUGCGUCUUCGGGACGGGGAGGGAAGAGAAGCCCUUCAAAAUCGUUAACAUCAGACCCUCGGGGAACAUCACCAUGAGGAGGAGACUCGCGGCGGUGGCCAAGGCCAGGCGGCAGAGCCAGGGGGAGAGGACCGCUGUCCCCUUUCCCACGGGACUCAAACCACGGGAUCCACUCACUGGGGCCUCGGCGAAUGCGGUGAUUAAGAAGAAGUCGAAGUCUCGGGUGAAGAAAGUGGACGUGGAUUAAGGAUUUUAGACUUGUUGGUGAUGUGUGAGGCUGAUGGGGGAGAUUAAUAAAUUUUCUGAGUGCAGAAUCUGUGAGUUUUCUUUAAACACUGGUGUAUUUAAUUCAGUGAUAACUCGGGGCUAAUCCCGCCGCGUGUUUAUUGACAGUUCUUCAGAAUCAAUCGGGGAGCGAAUAAAUCCAACAUGAAGUUAUUCCCAAAUAUUAGAGAAUGACAAUCGACCUUAUUCUAAUUUACAAAGGAGGGGAAGAGGAUUGAUUCUAUCAUUCGAUUCCGUAACAAUGUGUUUGGGUUGUGAUGGCCUAUGAACAUUUUUUUUGUGGCGAAAUAAAUUGCGAUAACAUAAGUAGAAUCUUAUAGAAGUUUAGUUUAGAAGUUUAGGAAAGCGUUAUUUGAAUGAUAGUGCACAAUUUUUUUUUAACUUUUUCUUCUUGAAUAAA